UACCUAAAGUUACGUGUUGUUGGGAAUACGAGAAACAAGCACAACGAAUGAGCUACGAUGAAUUAGUGGGACCAGCUUCAAGACACUUUAACGUGACACCGUUGUUAUGAAAAAAGUACAUCGGACGUACAAAUUCAGAGCUAUGCAAUGUAAUCAAACAUAUUUGUGCCAUUUAUUUUAAGUAUACUAUGUUGACCUAUACUUGUAACUUGUUUUCAGGUCUUGUGUGUUUUGUAUUAUGUCUGUUUAAACUAUUACUCUAGAUAUGAAUGUUUCGAAAUGUUCCAGUGUACUACAUGGCAGAUUUUACCCAUGUUUCUUCAACUCUAUCAAACAAACGAAGAUUCCAAAAAGAGCGCUAACUACACAACCAAAUCGUUCAUGUGACUUGGAUGUGGAAACACUCUCAGCAAACAGAGAUCCCUCUCCAUGGAAAAUAUGCGCAGCUGUUUGUUUGAUUCGUCUUCCAAUCUUAACAACAGAACUCGAAGAAAUAGAAAAAAAAUAUGCUGAGCUCAGCGAUUUAAACGAAUAUGAAAGAAGUGUUUUAAGCGACUGGGAAGUUGAGAAAAACAGACAAGCUAACCUUAUUAGAGACAUAGAGAGUGGUGAAAAGAAUCCAGAAGAUAUGGAUUUUAAAGUUGCCAACCAAGAUAUUGAAGAAAUGAAUGAAUUGGAGGCACAACAGUUCUAUGAAGAAAAUGAAACAAUUACCAUUGAAGAUUCUGACCGAACAAAUAUAAAUCGACAACCAAACGAAACACUGGUGAUGGUGACGCAACAAAAGCUGGGCAAGGAUAAUGUUUGGAUGUUACCGGUUGAACCUUGGUCUAAAGAAGAAACACUUAGAGAGUGUGCUGAAAGAGCGUUAAUAUCUCACUGUGGGACAGACGUUGGUGCGGCGUUCAUCUCAAAUGGCCCGUCAGGGUUUUAUAAAUAUAAAUUCCCAAAAGACGCACGCGAGAAUUCCCUGGUCGGAGCAAAACUGUUCAUCUACAACGCAUAUCUACCCAGAGUUUUUAUAAAAGACUCUAAAUUUACAUUUCCUACCAAGCUAUGCGAGGAUAAAGUGUUGCAACAUGCAUGGCUUACGAAAGACGAACUUAAAAGUUUUACAAAACCUAAAUUUACAAAUGUCAUCAAGAAAAUAUUGCUGUGAUAUAUCCGCUGUUCAUUUUGUUUGCAACACAUUUAUCAUUUUUAAGGUAGCUUUGUAAAUUUGACCGCAUUUUUCUCAAACUAUAACCUUUAUAAAACCUAAAUUUACAAAUGUCAUCAAGAAAAUAUUGCUGUGAUAUAUCCGCCGUUCAUUUUGUUUGCAACACAUUUAUCAUUUUUAAGGUAGCUUUGUAAAUUUGACCGCAUUUUUCCCAAACUAUAACCUUUAUAAAAUACACACAGGUUUUAAAUACCUGGUAACAAAGCAUUUGCUUGAAAUUUUCCAGUUUAUUCAAAGUGAAUUACUGAAUUUUAUACCAUCUUAUCCGUAAGAAAACAUUGUUCAAGUAAAACCAAACUGUUUAGUUUUGCAUCUCGUCAUGUUUAUUCUUCUUGUAUUGUUAAACAUAAAUACACUUGUAUAUGAUACACA